GCCCACAAUCUAGCUCACAGUCAAUGAGAUCUGUCAUUUACCGCGGACCAUUUGAACGGCGGAAGUGUCCGACAAAAUUCGGCGACUAAUCUGCAGUCGGCAUGAGAGGUGGCUCGUCUCUCAUUAAAGGGUCCCUCCCUAAUCAUUAAAGGGUCCCUGAUUGUUACGAGUUCUCUGUGACGUUUCACAAUCAGUGGAGGCGGCUGGUGCUAGCCAGCGAACCAUGCAGCUAACUGAUUAUUCACGUGGAACCACUGACAGCGAACCCAUAUAUUAGUGGGUGAAAAAAGGGAGAACAGAUUUAGGGAUUCAGUUGAGACUUCUGUCAACGCAUAUCCUAUCCGUCAACAUCCGCUAUCCAGAGCCAGAGUCACAGAAGAAGGACUGAGCUCCUAGACCUCCCUGGUCAUGUAGAUCACCAGUGACAUGGGUGAACAAGUUAGAAGAGGUUACAUUCAAAGAGUAUCUAAAACAAAUACGGCUUGGAUAGAUUGUUGAAAAUUGUAGUGUAGAUUGGUCAAUGGAAGGUCGUUGAUCACAUCACGUUGGCAGUUUUUUAUAAAAUAAAAUAAGGACCAUGUCAUACCAGUCGCAAUCUUCAAGAGAUAGAUCUUCUAUACCAAUUUAUUACUAAUAAAAUUCUGGUUGUUUUAUCUGUUAAAGAUUGCGUUUGGACAGUCAUGUUAGAGGACGAUUAUCUACCAAAACAGCAGCUGCUGUUGUUUUACUGUUCAUUUACCUGCAUCUACUUUCCUGGGAUAUUAAUUUUAUUAAAAUUCAAUGACAACUUAUACAAUGUGGGAACCUACAAGUUUAUUCCAAUUUUAGUCAUUCUCAUGUUUGCGGAAGUGACCAAACUCUCUUUCUCAUUACUGCAAACUGACUCAUUACCACUGGGUAAAAUUGAUACCAAAUCUGCACCAACAAGGGUGAAAAGAACUUUUGGCAAACGACUAAAAGGAAUAUUGAAAUUUCUAAUAUCAUUUGUGAUUACCGCAUUUGUCUACUAUAUAAUUGUAAUUUUAUUUGGAUGUCCGCUGCUAACUCACCAUGAAGAAACAAUCAUGCUCACCACCACAUUAACCAGCCUAACUUUGAUACCUGCUAGUCUUCAUUUGGGUAUCGAUGAAUCGGUAGCUCUUCUGACUGGCGCCCCAUUACAAACCAGUAAUGUCAUCGUGGAAGCUGUUCAGAGAAACAUAAAGGCUACUUUACUUGGAACUUGGAUUGGAGCCACAGUCAUACCCCUGGAUUGGAACAAACCAUGGCAAACUUGGCCUAUCCCAUGCAUUAUAGGAGCUCUCCUCGGAUACAUGGUUGCUCAUUUUAUGACACUUGUUAAAAUGCUACCCAUACUGCGAAGGAGGAGAAAUUACUUUAGUCAUAGUAAUAAAUAGUCAUUCAUGUUUGGAAUUGUUGAAAGUUCAUGAAUAAAAAACUAUUUCAUAAAA